GCUCUACGCACCCCCUCUGCUUUGCUUGUGCCUGGCGGUGCCUGUGUCCCGCCGUCACCACGGAGCGCAUUCUGAGUAAAGGGCUCAGAUUUUAUUUUUGGACUGCUAUGGAGCCCGUCUCCAUUUGUAGGAAGGGGGGUCUAGUUGAGCCUGACAUGAGCCGACUGCUCUGACACACCAGGCUGGGACAAAGCAGGCAGCAGCCGGCAGCCCCCCGACCAGAGCAGCAGUCUCACAGGAGAGACUGUCUAAGGUGUGCCAUCUGUCAUCUUAUACAAUCAUCAUCUGGGGGCUGAAUUCAUUGCAGCCAUGAGUUACCGGGCUUUACACAGUCCGGGCCUGCUGUCCCAGCACUACCGCCCACCCCUGCUGCCCAAACCUGGCAAGGACAACGCUCGCCUUCAGAAGCUGCUGAAGAAAAGUGCCAAGAAGAAGGCCGCCCAACAGGCCGCCCAACAGGUUGCCAUCCCCUACCGCCGAUUGUCCCCUGUGAACGAGGCCAGCCCUGACCUGGAACACAGUGACCACUCCACGCCCCCCAAGACGCCCGAGACGCCACUGUACAGUGCAACGCUGCACCCCCGAUACAAUAUCAAACCCCUCUACCAGCAUGUGUCCUCCCCCUAUCCCCACCAUCGGGUCUUCACGUAUCCCACGGCAACCAGGUUCUCCCCGCAGCCAUAUGCAGCGCCUAGCCAACAGGUGGCUCGUUCGAUGACACCGCAGAUCUCAUACACGCCCCCACCACGACCUGCCGGGGCAUCCCCGCUACCAGGGCCUGGUACCUAUGCUGAGGCACACAUGCUGUUUGGUGGAGCCCCAACAUAUCCUAUGCCCUACAUCCCACCUGCCCCUGCCCCUGCCCCAGCUGCUGUCCAUAUCCCUGUAUCUGUCCCUGUCCCUGCUCCUGCCCCUGAUCCUCUCCCUGCCCCUGGCCCCGGCCUGGCACCUGUUCCGGAGGUAGCUCCAGUGGCAUUUGCAGCCCCAGCUCCUGCGAUGCCCACUGCCCCUGUUCAGACUGUUGAGCCUAGUAAUAAGCUGCUUAUACCUAUCACUGUGGUGGCCCAAAAAACGCCAAGUCCAAGGUUUCACGUGUUUGAUGUUACUAAGCCUGCCAGACCCAUGUUUGAAGUUCCCCAGAUUACAAUAUACACAGCCAAAACGUCGUAUUACGAGACAGAAACAGCCCCACUCCAUGACACAUCGUCAGGAAGACUGUUUUAUGGACGAUCGCCAUCCCCAAGGGCCAGGAGUAGAAGCCCGACACCCGAUCCGAGACGAGGACCAUCUCCAACGAGAUUGUUAGCACCAAGAUCUAACAGUAGAGGAGGAGGUAUGUCUCCUUCCCCUUCUGAAAGGGGCAGAACUUUGCACGUCAAAAGGGGGGCGACUCCAACAUCUGACGUGAGGGGUAGAACCACACCAGUUAUUGAAAUCACGACUCCAACUGCUGACCUGCGAGGAGCAGCAGCAGCAGCACCACCACCAUCAGAUCCCACAAAAGGUAUAACCCCAAAAUCUAUACUGAAAAGAGGUUCAACCCCUACUAUUGAAAUCACAAGAGCUACAACACCAACACACCAGAUAACGCCAUCCAAGACCCCCAGAGGCCGACCAAAAACCCCUUCAGCUCAUAUAACCCGUGUCACGACACCUGUGCUUGAAAUAUCAAGGCCUAAUCCACUUCUGUUUGCUGUCUCCCCAGAAUACAUGGAGGGAAGGCGAUCUAAAACCCCUACUCAACUGUCUGUUUCUGAGGAGGUCAGCCCAAAACCAUUAGAGCCUGAACAGCCCAAAGUAAGUGCUCCAAGUAAUGAUGUUCAGGUUAAAGCCCAGGUCACAUCAAUACCUAUGGUACCUACUGAAAUCCCAUCAAAACCUGAGGCCACAUUGCCACAGCCAAGUGUCAAAGAGGCUAUUGAGCCAUCCCCAUUAACUACAACACCUGUGCCAGCAACAUCUGUGACUUCAGCCAUCCCACAGAAGCCUAUUACAUCCCCUCAGGAGGCUCCCAAACUUAGCACAGCAAACACUGGACAAGCCGAGACAAAAGCAGAUGCAACAGCUCUGACAGUUCCAGGAGGGGUGCCAAAACCAACGUCGGCCCAAAGUCAGGCCCAGUCCUUGAAACCAAUUUUUGGACAGAGGCCCAGGACCCCAAUUCAUGGUGGUAUGAAGAGCACACCGAGAACAUAUUAUGGCUUGACUCCAUCAGCCUAUGUCGCCCACGGGGGUAUACAGACGAUAGCACCCUCGUUUAGUGUGUCUAGACCCAAAACACCGACUACUGAGUCACUAAAACCUGAGGAAAAGAUAGUUGCAGAGAAGGAGACACCUGUACAAGAAGUGCCAAAACCUGUGGUGCCCACUGAACAGAAACCCUCAGCCUAUGUUGCCCAUGGGGGUAUACAGACGAUAGCACCCUCGUUUAGUGUGUCUAGACCCAAAACACCGACUACUGAGUCACCAAAAGCCGAGGAAAAGAUAGUGGCGGAGAAGGAAACACCUUUACAAGAAGUGCCAAAACCUGUGGUACCUAUUGAACAGAAACCAAAAGCCACUGUAGCUGAGAUACCAGCUGAAAUAAAUUCCAGUACAGAAACUAAGGCCUCUGUUCAUGAAAAGCCCCAGCAGGCAACACAACCUUCUGCGUCAAAAGAGACAAAAACUAAGCCAGUGCCAGUGCCGGUGGUAGAGCAAACUAAACCACAGGUCACUGAAGUAAAAGAAUCUACGAGCCCAGCAACCUCAGCUGUGCCUAAACCCUCUGCAACAGAGACACUGAAAGCCAAAGCUGCAAUUUCUGGACCACCUGCACCAGAGACACCGAAAGCCAAAGCUGCAAUUUCUGGACCACCUGCACCUAAGACCACGUCAGAGACAAAAACUGUUACUGCACAAACGCAAAAAAUUGCAGCUAUGUUUUCAAAGGCAAAGACCUCUGAGAAAGGCUCAGAUGAAACAAAGAAACAAGAUGAUAUAAGCACACCUGUCAAGGAGCAAACCGAGGUGCCUAAAGAACCAGUGAAGCCAAAAGGCACUGCUUUAGAAGCCUCAAAGUUAAUUGGUUUCGUCGUCAAUUCUAAACCUAAAGUCAGUGAAAAACCUGAAGCUGACAAGACUGAGGCCCAGCCUGUUGCUAAACCAAAGGACAAGUCAACUGAAGAAGAAGUAAAGUCCAACAAAGAAGAGAAGAAAUCUGAUGCUCAGGCUGGUGAACCAAACUCCACGGCAGCUAAAGAGGAAAAGAAAGAGAAAGAAGACGGCACCCUCCCAAAAGCAGAGUCUCUCUUGAAAGUCAUGCAGAAACCUAAAGGAUUGAAAUCGAAGCUAAGCGGAUGGUCGCGCCUCAAGAAACACAUGGUCGUAGAAGUGGAGGAACCCAAGUUCCCAGAGGGUAAGCCAGACUCUGCCACUGAGGCAACAACAAAGAAAGACAUGUCCAAUGGAGCGGUGCCAACGACAGCUGCCAAGACAACAACAGGCAAGGAAGAGGCCCCAGCAUCAGGUGAGCAGACAGAGGGCGACGACGCCCCGAGAGCCACCAUGAUGUGGGACGCCGUCCUCUUCCAGAUGUUCUCCAGCAAGGAGAACAUCAUGCAACAGAUCAUGGCCGACAAAACCGAGGAGGAGAAGAAAGAGAUGGAGGAGAAGGCGGCGGAUAAGAGCCUGGAGAUUCCAUCCUUUGCUCAUCGUCUGCCCGUCCUCCUUUUCAGCCCAAAGUUUGACGCCAAGAGGCUGAGAGAAGCGGCGUCCCGACCAGUGACUAAGAUGUCCACUGUGUUUGAAAUGGGCCUCAUAGGCCGCAAAAACAAGGACGAGGAACCAAAACAAUUCAACAGAACGGCCAGAGGAUUCAGUUCUUCAAAAUCUUCUGAAGCAUAACUGAUGGUGUACGCAGUUUGACAUCCCAACGCUCGGGCAUGUCUGACAGAGCAGAAGACAUUAGCAGCUGACUGAACACUAGCCAGGGCUGUGUUUCUCAAAAACACUUAAGUUGUACUUAAAGCAAAGUAGUCCUUAAGUACGAGGUGGCCCUUGGGCAAUAUACCACAUCACUAAAAGUUUAUAUAGGCCUACAAUCAUUUUAUAGGCCUAGUACAUACAAUAUUUUUUGUCCCACAUGCAAACAAAAUGCUUCUGCAUGUGUGAGGUAAAAUAGUGUAUGUAUAAACUUUUAGUGAUGAUGUGAGACCUAUUUCUGAUAUACUACCAAAGGGGCACCUCAUCCUUAGGUGCUAGCCUACUUAGGCAUUAUUACUGCUGAAGAGUUUUUUGGGAAACACAGCCCAAGAUUGUAUAGCAGUUAGGCGGGAUAAGUAUGGGACAGAAGAGAUAGUCGGGGUGCAGCGUAGGUGGGGGCAAAGCCACCAUGAUAUGGGGCACUGUCUGGAGACACUCUGGGUGAGAGGUUUCAGUGACAAGGGAUGCAAGCAGUAAAUUAUUACCAGGCCUAUAUGCCGUCCAAAUCCAUUGCUACCCCCCAACACGUCAAAAGAAGGAUACCAGAUGGGAUAUGCAAUGCAUGCUACUGUACAUCCUGGUAGCUAUUGCAUGCUUGAGGGUCACCGCAUGCCUUUGUCGAGGGUAAGGUAUAGAGAUGGUCAGCCUCUGUGUGUGUGUGCGUAUGUGUUCCACGUCACAAGGCUCUGGUGUCUGGUAACAAAAGCUUGACAUUUUCACACUCCCCACACACACACAGGAAAAGCAUUGCUGGGGUGGGGCUGCGUCUGAGGAAAGUGACUGGUGUUCGCAGUGCAUGGCUGACAUUUUGCAGAGGACACAGAGGGGCUCCUUGAUGGUGGUGAGAGGCUGUUGUUUCAUAAGUUAUAAUUUGUGAAUAUAUGCUGUAAGUUAUGAACGCCUGCUUUCCCCCAUGCAUGGUUGCUACGGCUUUAAAAUGCAGCUGAGUACACUGUGUCUGUAUCAACAGUGAUAUGUAAGGUGCUUCAGAUUGUGAAGUAUACUUGUGUGUCAGCUUAAAUGUAAUUUUAUAUAUAUUUUUCUAAUAAAAUGGCUUGAUUAGGA